CGAGUUUCUGUUGGUUGAUGAGAGAGUUGGGUUUGGUCAAUUGAGGUUUUGGGUUUUCGUUUCUGAUCAUGGAUGACAUUGAUUCAAGCGAUGGUGCUGCGGCGGCACGAGCUGGUGAGAUUUGCUCUAUUGGGGUAUCAACACCGUGGAAGCCAAUUCAGUUGGUUUUUAAGCGUUAUUUGCCACAGAAAGGUUCCGAUAGCAAAGUUCGUGUUGCGGUGAAGAAGCCGGUGGUGGUGAGACUAACUAGGGACUUGGUUGAGACGUACAAAAUAUGUGACCCACAGUUCAAAUAUAGAGGAGAGUUGAAUCCCAAGCGGUACUUGACUACUCCAUCAGUUGGUGUGCACAAUGAUGGCUUUGAUAAUGUCAACUUUGAUCUAAUUCUGGCUGUAAAUGAUGAUUUUUGCAGUUCAGAUUCACGGCAGAGAUACAUUAUCAAAGAUCUUCUUGGCCAUGGGACUUUUGGUCAGGUUGCUAAAUGCUGGGUUCCUGAGACAAACAGCUUUGUUGCUGUAAAAGUAAUUAAAAACCAGCUUGCAUACUAUCAGCAGGCACUGGUUGAAGUAUCUAUUUUGACAACGCUAAACAAGAAGUAUGAUCCUGAGGAUAAGAACCAUAUCGUUCGCAUAUACGACUACUUCUUAUAUCAUGGUCAUUUGUGCAUAUGCUUUGAACUUCUCGACAUGAAUCUGUAUGAGCUCAUAAAGAUUAAUCAAUUUAGAGGCCUAUCAUUAAGCAUAGUCAAACUCUUCUCUAAGCAGAUCUUACUUGGUUUGGCUCUUUUGAAAGAUGCUGGCAUAAUCCAUUGUGAUCUGAAACCAGAGAAUAUUCUUCUGUGUGCCAGUGCGAAGCCAACUGAAAUUAAGAUAAUUGACUUUGGAUCAGCGUGCAUGGAAGAUAAAACUGUUUAUUCAUAUAUUCAGAGUCGUUACUACAGAUCGCCGGAAGUCUUACUUGGUUACCAAUACACUACAGCUAUUGACAUGUGGUCUUUUGGCUGCAUCGUUGCCGAGCUGUUUCUUGGAUUGCCACUAUUUCCAGGAGGGUCAGAAUUUGAUAUCUUGAGGCGUAUGAUUGAAAUACUAGGCAAACAACCACCUGAUUAUGUGCUCAAGGAAGCAAAAAGUACGAGUAAGUUCUUUAAAUGUGUUGGGAGUGUCCACAAUUUAGGGAAUGGUGGAACUUAUGGUGGCUUCAAAAGUGCUUAUAUGGCACUGACUGAAGAAGAGUUUGAAGCCAGAGAAAAGAAAAAACCAGAAAUUGGGAAAGAGUACUUCAACCAUAAGAACCUUGAAGAAAUUGUUAAAGGCUAUCCUUACAAGAUAAAUUUGCCUGAGGACGAUGUAGUCAAAGAAACUCAAAUCCGGUUAGCUCUUAUUGAUUUUCUGAGAGGACUUGUUGAAUUUGAUCCAGCAAAACGUUGGUCACCUUCUCAGGCAGCUAAGCACCCUUUCAUUACUGGGGAACCUUUUACCUGCCCAUACAACCCUCCGCCAGAAACUCCUCGUGUGCAUGUUACCCAAAACAUCAAAGUGGACCAUCAUCCAGGUGGAGGGCACUGGUUUGCCGCUGGUCUCUCUCCUAAUGUAUCAGGGAGAACCAGAAUCCCGAUGCACAAUAGUCCCCAUUUUCAGAUGAUACCUUACUCACAUGCAAAUAGUUAUGGGAGCAUAGGAAGCUAUGGUAGCUACAAUGAUGGUAAUAUACAGGAAAGUAGUUAUGGAAGCUAUGGAGGGACUGGCAAUAUGUUUGCAUACUACUCUCCUGUGAAUCAUCCGGGCCUAUACAUGCAAAACAACAGUGGGGUCUCAAUGCUUGGAACUAGCCCUGAUGCCAGACGUCGGGUUAUGCAGUACCCACAUGGAUAUGGGCCAAAUGGCCUUGGUACAAGUCCAUCUGCUGGAAAUUUUGCACCACUACCCCUUGGCACUAGUCCGUCGCAAUUUACUCCGAAUACAAACAAUCAAUUUUUAGCUGGGUCUCCUGGACACCAUGGCCCGACAUCUCCGGUAAGAAACAGCAGUCAUGGAUCUCCUCUAGGAAAGAUGGCUGCAUUUAGUCAAAUUAAUAGAAGAAUGAGCGCUGGAUAUUCUGGAGGUUCUCAGUCGCAAGAUCCUUCCUUGUCACAAGCGCAAGGGCAUGGGAUGGAUAAUUUUUAUCAAAAUGAGGGAUAUUCUGGACAAUUCUCUGGUUCACCUUCGCGCCGGCAAUUGGAUUCAGGUGGCAAAAAUCGUAAACAGACACAAGGAGGCACUACAUUAAGUACUGGGUACUCUACUCAUAACAAUUCCAACUCAUCACUUCGGUCCAAUAUGUCUAACCCUUCCAGUACUGCACACCAUCUUGAAAAUCCGGAUACUGCCUUAUCCGUACCUGAUCCAGGAGACUGGGACCCAAAUUACAGUGAUGACUUGCUUCUAGAAGAAGAUAGUGCGGAUGAGAGUUCUCUUGCUAAUGCAUUCAGCAGAGGUAUGCAACUUGGUUCAACAGAUGCCUCCAGUUAUUCCAGAAGGUUCAACAGUAAUGCCUCUACCUCAUCCUCAAAUCCGACUACCCAAAGGAGAUAUGCUCCCAAUCAAGGCUUUUCACAAGUAGAGACUGGCAGCCCUCCAAGUAAUGAUCCUCAUGCCAGAUUUGGCCAACAUAUUCCAGGAUCGCAAUUUAUUCCUCAUGUCUCCCAGAACUCUCCAAGUCGCUUAGGGCAGCAACCUCCUCAACGGUUCAAUCAUGGGAGACCAAAUGCUGGAAGAACUAUGGAUCGGAAUCACAUCAACGCUCAGCUUCCUCCUUCCAACACGAAUUCUGGGGGUCAACAACGCUCACCCAGAAGUAGCUCAUAUACCAAUGGUGUCCCUUGGGGACGUAGGACUAACAAUCAUGUCCCGAAUGUUCCAUCGACGUCCCAUGGAAGGGUAGACUACGGAAGUAUUGCUUAAUUCCGCAGUUUUAUCUCUCAUUUAUUUUGUUCUUUCCCUUGGUGUGCAAUCUUCUUGUUGGAAGUGUGGGAACAAAGUUGUACUGAGACAAGAAACAAACUUAGUUCAU